AUGGCCGAAGCGGAUUUGAAUGAGACCAUAAUUGAGGCACAGCAUAAAAUUGUAAAAGAUAUUUGUAAACAAUUUGUUUUAAGCGAUGACAUCUACAAACGAAUUAAGGAAAUGUUUCUGGGUGAAAUUAAGAAAGGUUUAUGUAAAUAUACUCAUGAAAGUGCCGCCGUUAAAUGUUUCAUGACUUUUGUGGAAAAAUUGCCGAAUGGCUGUGAACGCGGCAAAUCAUUGGCUUUGGAUGUGGACGAAACACGCUGCCGCGUUUUAUACAUUAAUUUACAAGGUGAUAGAGACUUUAGAAUGUACUCGCAGAAUUAUCCAAUACCUCCAGAAAUACUGGUAGGCCCAGGCCGUGAUUUAUUCGAUUUCUUUGUUAAAUGCAUUGCCGAUUUCGUCUCCAAUCAUAAUUUACAAAAUGAAGAUCUUAGUUUAGGCUUUAACUUUGGAUUCCCAUUAAAUCAAACAAGUAUAAAAAAAGCUAUCCUCACCACGUGGACUAGAGAUAUUAGUUGUGCCGGUGUGGUCGGUCGCGAUGUUGUUGCUUUGCUGCAAGACGCUAUUAAUCGUCGAGGCGAUCUCCAUAUAAACAAUAUCGUUAUUGCGAAUGAUACGACCGGUACGCUUGUCUCUUGUGCUUGGAAGUACAGAGAAGCUAAAAUUGGUCUUGUGGUUUCCACCGGUUUCAACGUGUGCUAUCUCGAAAAGACGAAAUACCUUCAAUUAACCCGCAGUAAUGCUAAUAGCAGCCCUACUAUGAUAAUUAAUUGCGAAUCAGGUGCUUUUGGAAAUGAUGGAACUUUGGACUUUAUGCGUACACCAAUUGACGUUACGUUAGAUAAAAAUUCUAUAUAUGCCGGCGAGCAAAUAUUUGAAAAAAUGAUUUCCGGCAUGUAUUUGGGAGAAGUUGCACGUUUGACAAUGUUGGAAUGUAUAAAAGCUGGGGGCAUGAUGCAAGGAGAACUCUCUGAGGAGGUGCGAACACCAAUGAUAUUUGAUAUUGAAGACAUGUCGCAAAUUGAGGGUGAUGGUCCAGACAAUUAUGCGCUUACACGAACAAUUUUUGAGAAGAUGGGCUACUCGGAGCCUACAAAUGAUGAUUGUGAAAAUCUUCGUUACAUAUGCACUGUGGUAUCGACCCGAUCAGCCAAUCUGAUCGCGUCCUGUCUAGCUUGUCUAAUCGAUCGCAUAGGUGAUCCCUACUUAAUUAUUGGCGUUAAAGGCAGUAUAUACGAUACCUAUCCAAAUUAUUCUACUCGUCUAGAAAGAAAAUUGAAAAGACUUGUUCGUCCCGAAUAUAAAUUCGAUCUGGUGCAAGCGGAAGGCGAUUCAGGACAGGGAGCAGCUUUAUUAGCCGCGUCGGCUAGAAAAGGAAACAGGGACAAAUAA